AUGGGGACUAAGCAGCUUGAUUUGCCAGAUACUUCCUCACAUGCCAAAACUCUCGAUUUCACAAUCUUCCUGCCUGAGAUCGGGACAGACUCGGCGUAUACUUUCUUGGUCUCUAUCUUUUCGGUGCAAUCUGCCUUGUGGGCUGGAUUCUACAAGCCGGAUUCUAUGCUAACGUGGAGACUCUUCUAUAUCUAUUUGAUUGAUGCUAUUCUCAUUAUUGUCCAGGAUUUGAACAAUCCUGCUGUCAACAAUCUCGUACCUUGUCCUCGAGUUCUUGCUGCAAUCUUUCAAGCAGUUUUAGCGCGUCAAACAAGGCUUCGAAAUAUUAAGAAGAGACCACACUGGGUAUCUACGGUACUGAUGGUAAAGUGGAUGAAAGUGAUGGCCGUACAUCUUCCUCGUUUGACCUUUGCAUCUGUAUUGCCGAGGCUGUCCAGCACGUACUCCAUGACCGAUCUUGCAGUGAUGAACUUGAAAGUAACUAGUACAGGCUUUUUCUGUCUUCUCGGCGUUGUUCGAAGUGAUCUCAGCAUAUGGCAAUAUUGGUCUCAGUCUUGGAUAUUCCACUGUUUCUAUAUCUCUGUCUGGUGGAUUAAUUGUUUUCAACAAGCUCAUGUUUGUAUAGUGAUGAUCCUAGGCCGCCAUCGUGUUAAUCUGGUUUAUCCAACAAGCUGGACCGUGCCACUGUUCUCCCGGGAGAAGGUUUGGAAGCUCACAAGGAUGGAGACGAAGACGAAGUCGAAGUCUAUUUUAAACCAAGAAAAUCCCUAA